AUCCCGGCGGUUACGAGAACUUGGUCAGCGACAACCUCGUCAUCCUGCGGAUCGCUCCACCCGACCAGAGACUGGCCCCAAUAGCCGCACCCGCCAGCUGCCACCUAGCGCUGACACUCUGGAACGACCGACCGGGUGUGCUUCCUCGCCGCCCCGCAAAAACACGCUGCGCCAGAAAACCCAAUUCACCCACCCCUGUCGGUGCCACGCUUCCCAAGCAGCCCAGCGAUCGCGUGCGUUGGGAGGUGGCUCAUCCUGUUGCCAGUGUCUUGGCCUCAGCAUCAAAUUGUCCGCCUGCCACCUCCACUCCGACAUCUUCACCUCUUCCCGCCCGACCCUGAAGCUCGAUCGCAGUUCACAGCGCGCAUCGUCGAUGACACAAGAGCCUCCAACGCCUUUCGGAAGCUGGUGAUCGAGUCCCUCAUGUUUGCAAGCCUCCGAUGUCGACCGGGUUGAAACCAUUGCUGCUUCCGCGGCUCGUGGAAGAACGGAAGAAGCUGGAAUCGCAUCAUGAUAACAACGAGGGAGACGCCGCGUCCUUGUACUACAUCUACGACUCGUCCUCGUCUGACCUUGCUUCGCCAUCCCCUAUCACGUCGACUUUUUCGCGCACCAAUCACUCAAGGUUAUCCGGCUCAUCUUCCUCGCUCGAGCUUGGCACACCGCCGUGCACCGAUACCCCGGCGUCACCCGCACAUUCGCUGCACGCGAUCAGGCCCGGCAAAGCGCAGCUGCCAGACGUCCAGGAGGAGCCUCUGGAGAGGGAAGAGGAGGAACCUGCAACGCCGCCCAAGGACAAUGACCGCGAGUUUAGUUUCCACGACUAUUGCUUGUGCGAUGUCCCCUGCUCGCACCAUGGCGACUCCGCGCAAAGCACCUCCAUAUAUCGGUCCAUGACUUCAGACUACGACUACGACCUCGGCUUCCUCAGCGAUGGCGACUUCGACGCCGGUUCCCGGCAAAGGAAGAGACGCCAUGGCUCCGAUGCAGGUUUCUCGAGCUGGAGCACGAGACUGGGAUCGAGACUACCGAGCCUUCCGCGGUGGCGAUCCGCAUCCGCACCCAGGCGACACGACCUGACCUUCUCGCCUGCCUCCGACCCUUCCCUGGCCGACCCGCGCCCAAGCUUCUCCCGCAACCGUUCUAGUAGGUCGUCGUCGGUUUCUGGCUACGUGCACGGGAGUACGGACCCUGCGCAUGACUCAGUACCGGCCACGCCCGCGCUCUCCUUCUACGAAAGCUCCGAGAGCGUGGUGUCGCCCUCUCCCCUCGACAACAUGCCGGCGACCUUGGGCAGGAGGGUAGAGCAGGAUCGCGCCUUGGCUACGACACCUCUGCUGCCGCCCCUCUUGACAGAGGCUCUCGCUACCCAGCCGCAUUCUCUCCAGCCGUCACCGUUGCAGUCUCCGACCAUGGUGCAGUCUCCAGGCUUUGCUGAACUGGGCUCGGUGAAGGGACUACACUCUCCUCCUCUCAGUGCCCAGCCGUCCGUUUCUUCGCUCCGCCGAGGGACCAUCUCGAGCGCGUUCGGUGACGCUCCUUCUCCGAUUCCAUGUUUGUUCGACCAUCAGGACUCCUGGUCCGACCGGCUCGGCCACGCGAACUUCACCAUCGAGCCCCGGCCGUACGUGCCCGAGUCGGCCGAUCUCGCGACGCUGCAGGCUUUCCGCGCGGAUUGGAACCUGGCACGAACCAACUACGCCAAGCAUCUCGUGCGGACGGCAGAGCAUUACGGGGCCACCUCCAAGACGUACGGGCUGACGGAAGCCAAGUGGGCCGAGAUCGAGCAGGAAUGGCAGCGGGCGGAGGACGAUCUCGUCGCGCGGCUGGGCCACCAGUGCAAUGGUGACCCAUCCAUUGUCUCGCAGCUGCUGCGCUCGGCCGAGGAGAAGCUGUCCCCCUCCAUCCCCAGGAUGCUCAGCGACGACGGGAAGUUCCCGGAGCUGGGCGACGUCGAAAUCGUCGGCCCCAUGGUCCGCGAGGCGGCCAUGGUCCGCGAUGGCCAGGAAGACAGGCGGAAUAGUGCCUCCGGCUGGCUCAAGAGCCUUGCCGGGAAGGUCGGUCUACGCAAGUAAUGUUUUAACUGCUUGCGGUUUCUCUUUGCGACGACGAAACGAACCGCACUCGAUCAACCGACGGGACGAAUGAUUGAUCAUGACGAUCUAAUGAGGAGGACGCGGCUACGAAGCGCUUCGGGCCUCACGUCUAUUGUUUCGCUUUGUGUUCUUCUAUCUCAGUCAAGAUACCCACCCCAUCGGUUGCCGUCAUUCCUUUUGCAGCAUGAGCGAUUGUGAUGCUCCUUGGU